GAAGAAAAGAACAGACGCGAACGAAGCACGCGAUGAGAGAGAGAGAGAGAGAGAGAGAGAUGGAAGGCUAGAGAGGCUGAGAAACGAAGAGAGACAGCGAGGAGAAGGUUCGGAGACGUCUGCUAUUACGGAGCACCUCCGUGGUCACGGCGCACAGCCCGAUAUGGAGCAAUCUCAGAUUUCCAUCCGCCCAAAUCAAGAAUAUACGCCCUCGCCUCCGCUCUCGCUCUCUUCUUCCUCUAAGGGGGAUCUCUGCUCGUCUUCUUUGCCACCGCCAUCGUCUCUGUAUUCCUCUCGCUACCUCUCCCUCUUUUCUUCCACAGGCGGAGGUGGAGGCGCUGCUCGGGGUUGGUGCUUGGCCGUUGGUGCUGGUAACAGUGCCAAAACUGCCUCAAAACGGACUGCUCCGUUUUGUCGUCCUCCUCUUUCUCUCCCCUUUUCGGCUCUCUCUCUCUCUCUCUCCUCUCCUCUCUUCUCCUUUCCUCCUUCCCAAUGUUCUUCUUCUACUCCUCUCUUUAAUCUCUCCUUGUUUCUCUUCUUCUUCUUCUUCUUCAGCCGCUUCUUCUUCUUCUUCUUCUUCUGCUUCUUCUUCUUACUCUUCUGCCUCUUCUUAUUCUGCUUCUUCUUCUUCUUCUUUUCUCUGUCUAGUUGUUCGCGCGUGUUCCUUCCCUCUUCGCGUAUCGCUGUGCGUAUCCCGUGCUCGUCCACGGAUAACCUAACUCAUCGCAGACACGUGCCCCCUAUCCGCCUUCUUGCACCUUCCUUCUUUCGAUUACCGUCUCCAUUCUCGGCAUCCAGUUGGUCGGCGAUACGAUCGACCACGCUUUCCCCGUUUUUCCAGCGUGUCCGUGGCCGCGCCGAACUCGCGAACGCGACACGACCCGGUCGAGACAACAAGUGUCCGGAGCGAGGAUCGCGUGAUUCGAGUUCAUCGCACCGCAACCAUCGUGUGGCCGCGUCUUGCGUUAUCGUUCUUCGUUCUGUCCGCGUUCGCCGUUGGUCGCGAUCGCGCCAGUGAUUUUCUACGAAAUCACCACCAGCCCAGCGAAGAUUCCUCGGACGGAGGCUUCCGGUCGAGUCGCAGCAUCAGCUUCAACGACGAAUGUCGGUGGUCCGUGGAACAGGAUUUACCGGGAACCACGAUCCUUCCGCAACGAACGUUCAUGUUGCCAGAAAGCAAGUUUCCCGUCACAGGGGGCACUAUGCAGACCGAGGAAAUCGUGUCUCGCGCGCAAUCUACUGGUAUAGACGGUGGCCCCACGGACAACGCUUCUCCGCACCAUCAUCCGCAUCGUUCGUCGCGUGUAAAGUGUCCGCUGCCACCUCUGCUCCACAUGGCGGUCAAGCAGGAGCCACAGGAGGAGGAGGAACGAAGUCGUGACACGAAUGCGUUGAGUCCUCAAGUAGAUGCAGACGUUUCGCCGACGUCCGUCGAUGGCAAACACGGACAUGGACACGAAACGAGCCAUCAUCAGAUUCAAGAACUGGAGGAAAGCGCAGGACAGACUGUUACGGAUCUCAAUAGCCGAGGAAGGCCGAGCCGAGGUCGCAGGAAGUCGCGAUGGAAGCUCAAGUUUCAUCACCAGGCGCUGCCCCCGGAGUACCUUGACCACUACGAGGCGUCCCUUGCUCAAGAGGCUUUAAACUCAUCGCCGACGCGGCUAACGGAACCGACGAUUCCGAGCCCGGCGCCAACCAGCUCCACCUCGACGCCGAGUCCCAUCGCCGACGUGCACGGCUGGCUGCAGCGGAUCGCCGCGAUGCAACAAGAGCUGUGUCCGCGGAUCUCGUCGUCGCAAUGCUCGCCCGUAAAUUCGUGCCAAGCGUCGGGCUCCAGGAGGUCCGUGAUCACGUCCACCUCCACGCACACGUUGAACGCGGGCCACCAUAAUCAUAACCACGGUCACGGUCAGCAGCAACAGCCGCUGUCUCAAGGAUCCGGCAGGCCGCCGAUGAAAUACUCGGAUCUGCCUUACAUGGGCGAGAUCACGCUGGACAACAGCAAGCCGCGACGCGGUAGGAAACCGAAGAAAGCGGACAUUUGCCAUUUGAUCUACAAGAAUUACGGCACCAUAUUACCCGGCACUCCUGGCCACGAGGAGAGAAGGCUGUCGCCCAGGGACAAGCUGGACUGCCGCGAGAGAAUCUCGCCGCAGAUGCCGUUCCAACGAACCGACGUUCAGAACAGGAUCAGUAGCUUGUUGGAGAAACGAUUGACUCAGGAGUCUCGACGAAGCUUCGGCGCGAUGGAAAACUCGAGGGAGCAGGACGAGCCGUUGAAUCUCUGCAUCAGAGACCUGAACCAGCUGAAGAUCAGGCUACUGCGAAAACACGGCAACGUGUACGAGUCUGGACAGGUGAAGAGCGAGACGUCCAGCGACGGAGAAGAGAUCGAGUGUAUAGGCGCCACGUUCCCCUCGGAACCGGGCUACCGUUCGCUCGAUCAUCUCGGUCAUACCACCGCCAACAACGUGAAUCACAACAACAACAACAACGUGAUCGAGCCCGUGUUGGGUGGCAAUCCCGGAUUCGUGUACUGGCCGAACGCCGGGGUGUUUAUCCAUCCGAUGGCGUUGCAAUCGCAGCUACUUUACUACCAAAAGAUGGCACAGAACGACAAAUGUUAUCCCCGAGGCUUGGACCAACAUCCGAAGGAGCAGAAGAUCGUCCCUAAAUCGAUAUACUCUAUGAUGGAGACGAAGAGCCCGCCUCUGUUGCCAGCCGCGGUCCAACCAGCCUCUCAGACGGCCGCCGUGCCGCCUCCUGUCUCGCCCAGACCGAAGAGGAACGCGUCCGUGGUUCAAGCUCAGGGACAGCCGACCAAGAGGAAACGAUCCGCCAUAUUCAUCCCGCCCAUGCCAUCGGAGAACAACAACAAUCCAGCGACGGAAGUGAGCAUAUGCAAAUUUAAAUUCACCGGAGGUGCGAAGCCCAGUCUACAGGAGAAGAAGAGCCUGUCGGUGGAUUCGGGUGGCAACUUUAGAUACUACAGCGGCACCGGGGACAAGAGUAUGCGCGGCUACGAGUUCUUUCCACGGGAAGCGCUUCAACAGUCGGCAGGGCAAUCGGGUUCCUCGACGGGAGCUUUCCUCAACGCCGCCGGCGAGAGGAUUCAGCCGUCAGCCUGUCAGAGGAGCGGCAAUCAGGAGGAAGGUCGCCGCAAGAGGAAGACUCGAAAGUCCCUUCAGAGGGAGAAGCUGGAGCAAACGUUCAAGGAGAAAGGAUUUCUCAUACAGACGCAGCAGCUGGAGUCCGCCGAGGGCGCAACUUACUGCAAGUUCCGGCAGCUUAGGAAAUUCACCAGGUAUCUGUUCAGAAGCUGGAAGGACUACCUUCCGGGGAAUGUGCGCGAGCUGACGGGCGCGCCGGACAACGAAAUGGCCGACGGAGACGCGGAGAGCGACGCGAACGCGUUACCCUCGCCGGUCCCUCGUCCCAAUAUGGUGGACGUUCCGGCUGGCUUCGUCGACGAGCAUCGCGCUCUGCCUCUGACGUGAAACGUCGAAAUUGCUCCCCGAGGCGGUCGGACGAUUCCAACUUGACGCUACUUUUGCCACGGCUGCGUGCCGCGUUCCGGCUCUGCGGAGUACGCGCGCGACGCUUCCUCAUAUCCAGCGGAUAUCGAUCGGUUCGACGAUCGUUCUUUUUCUUGCCAGUGCUCGAAGCGAAGAACGGCCAGCAUAUCGUAUAGCAUAGAAUUCGAACGACGACGGUACAGCUCUGCGGCGAUCGAUCUCGAUGAAAAGGACAGCCAAAUAGUCGAGAAGGAGUUCCUUCUCCAAGCGAGUUUCGUAUGUCCGUGUUUCGUAUGUCCGUGUUUCGUAUCCGAUCGUCGCGAAAAAUAUCAGCUAGCGAAACGAAACUUUGGUAAACGAUAAACCGCGUACCGUAGGACGAUAUUCCUUAAGCCGUGAAAGAUGCAACGAUACGUCGCCGAUGAGCUUUGGCUGACAGAAACGCAACAGGAAUUAAAAACGGAUGGAACGUUCGGAUUCCAAGGAGGAAUCGAUUUUCAAAAUUAACGGAUAAGAAAAUGUGUGAGAUCGUAAAACGCGAUCGUUAAAUCUACUCGAAGCAGGCGGACGUCGCCUCGUCCAUCGAGUUUGUCGGUUCAGCGACGUCUCCUUUUCACGAUUUUGUAGCCGUUCGUCGAUCACGCGUCACUCUGUAUCGCAAUGCCUGUUACGAGUCUCGACAGGUACAUACCUGAUCGUUGUUGCUAUAUCGCUACUAGCGUUUAUCGCAUUCGUCGCUGUUAAACUACCUUGUUACGGUAUUUUUAAGAAACCUAAUUAGCGCAACGUAGGAGUAGCCAAUGGAUUAGAGCUUAGAGCGCAGUUUUAACGCGUUAACCUGUUACACGAUUCUCCCGAUAAUUCGUCUCUUAGGUUACCGAUGUUCCCAACGUUCAUUCGCCUUUUACUCGAUUAAGCUUAUUUCAAACUAUCUAAAAAUCGUCUCCAAAUUCUUCGAUGGAUCGUGACCGGGCGAUUUAGCGUUUGCAAAAUCGAAAAGACCUCGUCGAAUUUCUGAUCUCGGCUAAAGAAGUUUCCGAUGAGGAAACGCAACACAGCGUGUUACAAGGUAACAGGUCGAACGCGAAAGACAAUCGCGUAGCUUUCACUGCGCUGGCGAUCAACGACAGCUGACCGUUAACGCGACGACGGUUCGGUAUCGAGACUCUGCAACGCGUGUAAAAUACGACGCGCAUCGUGCACGUCGCGUUCUUCCGACAACUGGAAAAAUAGAUACGGCGGCUGUUGAAAAGCUCUUUCGUCAAACUUUCCCUCUGUAUGUUUUUCUUAUCGAAGGACGACGUGCGCGUUGCUAAAUAUCGCGCGCGCGGAUUUCGAGAUUUCGUUGCUAGCGCCUUACGCCAAGGCGGAGAGAAAGAGCGAGGAGCGGCGUGGUAUCGUCGCGUAACGUGAUUUAAUAAUAAUGUUAAUUCGAUCGUAGCUCGUGCCAAAGAUGGGAGACUGGAAUGUACAUAGCGCUGAAAGAACGUGUUUGUCGUAGUUAACCAAAGAGCGUGGUUUCGUGCUCGCCGAUUAGAAGCGGAUACGGAUGUAAUCUUCGUGUUAAGAAACAAGAGGCGUGACGCGAUAAAUUCAGCUUUCUAGCUGCCCCGACCAUGGCCGAGGCGAGACUUUCCUCGGCUUUCGAUUUUGCGAUAGGUUUCGCGAGGCUCGUGCGCUUCCGGCAACAGACAGCAAGAACGAGAGGCAACGAGAUCGGGGAAAGAAGAGAAUACGUAGGUUGGGAGAGAGCGAGACUCGGCAUGGGGAAUAAUCUCGAAGGAAGAAACGGAAUAACGAGAAGAGAGUGAAAGAAGAGGAAACGGGAAAGUAACCCGUUGUAACUAUACGAUCAUCGUGAUUAUUUUUUAAUCGUAAAUUACUCGCCAAUCUUAUUUAAUAACGCCUAACGAAAUCUAGUCUUAUUUAUACUCUUUGUUAAAUCAAAAGCCGUGUUUUUUUCUUUAUUAUUAUUAUUAUUAUUAUUAUUAUUAUUAUUAUUAUUAUUAUAGAUGACGGUUUAUUUAUACAUGUACAUACAUAGUCGGUACAUAGUUUAUGUCGGUGCGUGGCGUUUACGGAGAUGCAACCGAAUGGAAGAAAAUGUGUGAAAGUUGGUGGAAAUACGUAAUCGAACGCGUCGGUCGAAAGGACGGAGAUCGUCGCGUUGGCGCCUCGUACACGUCCGACGAAAACGAUAGGAGAAGGUUUGAAACGAGAAUGAGAAACGAUCGUACCUGAGAGUUGCGGCGCCUCCUUCGAUGGGACGCGCUUUCGUCGACUUUUCGCUUUCACGAUGCCCCGUUUGCGGAUGUCCGGCGUGUUCGUAGCGAUUUAACGAGUUCGUAAACGCGCCGACGGGUCUCCGUUGUUGGAGAAGAAACUGCGCGUUGAAAACGACGACGAUAAGCGACGGAACGAGGGAAAAUGCAACAGGAACCGUCCUAUACCCGUGUCGUUAUUAUCUAUCCUGUGCAGCGACAAGCAAAACUAUUUUGUACGUAUUGCCGAUAGCGAGCAGAUCGGUUCUUAUAAUCUGUAAUAAUAAAACGUAAUCGUCACUGA